CCGUCCCUUUCGCCACCCACGACUCCUCCCAUUCCGUUCCCUCAUCCGCUCAUCGCCUCCGGGUUUGCGCUCCCACAGCGUCGCGCCUUCGCCUCGCCGAUCCGCGUCGCCGCUGUUCUCGCGAGGAUGGAGCAGACCUUCAUCAUGAUCAAGCCCGACGGCGUCCAGCGGGGCCUGAUCGGGGACAUCAUCAGUCGGUUCGAGAAGAAAGGGUUCUAUCUCAAGGGGAUGAAGUUUAUGAAUGUGGAGAGGUCUUUUGCACAGCAGCACUAUGCUGACCUUUCUGACAAGCCCUUCUUCGCUGGGUUGGUGGAGUACAUCAUUUCUGGCCCUGUUGUCGCAAUGGUGUGGGAGGGGAAGGACGUUGUGUUGACCGGCCGCAGGAUCAUUGGGGCCACCAGGCCUUGGGAGGCUGCUCCUGGUACAAUCCGUGGUGAUUAUGCUGUGGAAGUAGGCAGGAAUGUCAUCCAUGGAAGUGACUCGGUGGAGAAUGGAAAGAAGGAGAUUGCUCUUUGGUUCCCGGAAGGUGUGGCUGAAUGGAAGAGCAACCUUCAUCCCUGGAUCUACGAGGCUUGAGCUUGGGGAUACUGGACGCCUGCUUCCUUCAAAACUGAGUUUUGUCUGAGUUAUGUUUGGCUCUGGCUAUAGAGUCAUACUUUAGUGCUUUAUGCUGCAAGCUGCAUCAUAGUUAAAUGUUGCUAAACUUAUGUGGCAUAUGAGUUUCAGCCUUUGUGCCUGGUUUCGUGCACUGUGAUUGUGAACAAACUGAUGUGAUCUGAAAUAAAACAUGCAGGCCAGUUUUUGUUA